GUCCUGAAAGCUGUUCAACAUCCAGCCACUCCUAUUGUAAUGCUCAAAACGGAUACAGAUAUCCCACUAAACAUUUUACCUCACCAUAACGGAGCCCUCUCCUGGUGGUGGGAUUCCAAGGACCCAAACAGGGAUUAAACUGUCUCGAGUUUGGUUUGCGAAUUUUCAUCUUUUUUAAAGCUUACCUUGGUCUCCCUAUACAGUGAUUGGCGAGUAUUCAACUCCUCAAGAAGUUUUAGGCAGCAGAAUCUUGUUCGAGACCCGAAAGGGAGAGUUUUCGUCUUAAUAAGGUUUCAAGGUGUAAAAGGUGAUGUUGAAAGUGGUGGGCGCCUCCUGGGAGCAGACGAGGUUGACUUCUAUACUCCUCUUCAUAGUUGUCGUCAUAGCCCUGGUCACCAUCUUGUUCUUCGAAGUCCCAAUUGAUGCUAAUGAUGGCAUAUAUUCGGCAACUGCAUUCUACAGUAAGCAGAGUGGCUUCAACAUCAAAUUUUGGGGUCAGAAUAAUCAUCCCCAUAAGGUGAAGAAAGGAAUUGUGAGGGCUUAUUAUAAACCUACAACACACCAAACUGGGUGGGCGAGUAUAGAGAUUGAAACUCAGUCAAAAUACCCAGAUUGGGCUCAGGCCUUUGGUGCGGGACUCUUGGAAGGAAGCCUCAGUUGGCAGUUGAUCUAUUCACGUUGGAUGAACAUCAUUGGUACCAAGUGCCAGAACAAUCAGGAGCAAUGCAAUGCUAUUCGGGCCAAGUUGAGGGACAUGGAAACUGCUGCUAAGGCAAAGGCGAAGAAAGCUGAUCUGACAGAUCACUAUUGGCAUCAGGUAAAUCUGUAUUAUACUCAGCUAGAUGGGCUAGAGGAAGGUUGGAAACUUGGUGUUUCCAGGAGCAGGAAAAAAAAACAACUAAACAUUCUGCAUGAAGAUUUUCUCUGGAUGAACAGUGUAGAAGAUAUCAAGAAUCUGGAGGAACUGAGAUACAAUAACAUAGAUGAAUUCAGAAAUUCAAAGCAAUACGUAUCAUUGGCGCUGUUGAAACUGCUUCCCAAUACAACUGUUCAGUUCAUGUUGGCACACGAAUCAGGAGGACCAUAUACAGAAAUGUUGAGGAUGCAAAAGAAAUAUAUAUUUGGCUAUCAUUACACUUCUUCCAACAAAAGCAAUCUAGUACCUGGCGAAACUAUUGUUUUCACAUCUUAUCCAGGUGCUAUAUAUUCUUUGGAUGACUUUUAUCAGAUCUCUGGUGGAAAUGCAUUGACGGUAUCUGGAACAGCUAUGAGGAUGUUAAAUUACAGCGUAUUGGAAAAAAUAGAUUUUAAUAAGAUAUUGAUCGGCCCAAGAGUGAUGGCCGCUUGCCGACUAUCAAGGAAAGGGCAGGACUGGGCAGAUUUGAUCGACAUCGAAGAAAGUGGAACUGGAGGCAAGCAAUGGCUAGUGGUAGACACCAAAGGACCUCUUUCCUUCUGGGUUGUCGAACAAGGUCCUGGCAUAACGGUUGGCUCUCUAGAAACAGACAUUUUAGCAAAUCAAGGAUACUGGCUAUCAACAGGAAUUCCACAUUUUGAGAAAUUGAGAUCUAUUUUGGGUUAUGAUGAUAUUUCAAAGACUAGAUUCGGUAAAGCAGUGGAUAUGUUGAAGACGGGCCUUCGGAAUGUCACAAAUCCUGGUGAACUCCUAGAACUGAUGCAUAAACCAGAACUUGUCGCUUUAGGAAGGCCUGAUAUAAUCAAGUAUAAUAAUGAAUAUCAAGAGAAAACUACUAACCCUACUAAUGGUGGUGUUAUUGAUCUCAAGAUAGCCAUUGGUAACAACGAUUAUUUGGCAACUGCUGGUCCAUUGCAUUCCGAUGAAGUUCCUCCAUUCCAGUGGUCAAACAGUAUUCUCCAAUAUCUACCUCACUACGGUCAGCCUGAUGUGUGGAAAUUUGAACCAGUACACCCGCCUUGGGUUUGGCAUUAGUUUUAGAAACAUUUAGGUUAAGGAAUUCAGAAUUUCACUGUCUUCAUCAUUAAUAUUCAUAAUAUGAAUAAUUUUAACUUUGAUAUAAAGUUUAUUUAUUUAAUACUACAUGAAACAUUUUAUUUUUAAUUAUGCUUGUUUAUAACCAAUGAUAAUUUAAAACAAUUCAGUACAUCAUCGUACAUAAUUGAAUAUAAGAAGUAAAAGGAAAUUAAGAUUUAUAAAUAACGAAUCAAUUUCAUCAAGGUAUCAUGGAAUUUAAUUGAAAUAUAUAAAUUAUUUUAUUUU